AUGAGAUUGUUUUUGCUCGUUGGAUGCAUUCUAUCAUUUGGAUUCAGUAACUUAAUAAAGAGUGGAUUGGGAAUAAUAUGGGAGCCUAAUAGAGAGGCAGUUAUUAUAUAGAUGAAGGAGAUGUAAAUUUAUUAUCGAUAAUUUCCUAAUUAUGAUGUGGCUAUGGAAAAGUAAAGACUUAUUAAUGCGUACAUUUAAUUGCUUUAAGAAAAACAGGAGGAGAUAGUUAAUGCGCAUCAAAUAAAAUCGUUUAUAAAUUAUUUUGAGAUCUAAUUUUUAGAGAUUCACAAUAAAUACACCGAAAAUCAAAUUCCUGAUGAUAUGUAUAGACCACCUGAAUGGGAAUUUGAUUACUAAUACUAUUUACAAUUUAUUUAUUGGCCAAUAGGUUUUGUUUUAGGGUUGUUUUUGAUAAAUUUGAUUUAUUACUAUGUUGCAGAUAAUUGUUUAAAGAAAAAAACAGAGUGAUUAUUAUUUUUAUAUGGUAACUAAAAUUAUUUGAGUUUUAUUAAAAUGUGUAUAUUCAUCAA